AACAAAUACAUAAACAGCACGAGCGGGAGAGUAAGAGAAGAGAGAAAAAAAAUCGAGCAGCGAACAAAACAUACACACGUGAAACAACACAGCCGAGCAUAAUACAGUGAGAGAGAAAAAAAAACAACGUCAAAGAAAAGCAACAGAAAAAAAAAUCCGUCGUCUCUCGUUUGCGUUCGAUCAGAGAGCAGACAACGGCAACAGCAACGGCAGCAGCAACAACAACGAAAAAAAGCGAGCAGCAUAGCCAUAGAUCAAUGCGUCGGCAGCAGGGCGCGUACGUAAGUCAGUCUCCAUGCCUGAAGCCAACAUCGAAUGUGGCCAACCACAUCAGUUUACUUUAGUGUUCGGUCGUGUAACUUUCCAUUUUUUUUUUUCGAAAUUCGUUGUGCGAACGGUUAUCAGAAUAGCAGCAGCGACGAAACUAACGUAAAAUCGUUUUCGCGCUGCUACAAAUUAUCCGAACUGAACCAACCAACACACACUCAUAACUUUGUUAUAUUCUAAUGUUGUUGUUAUUAUUGCCGAUCAAAACAUCCUAAAUCGAAUUGAUUAAAAGAAAUUAUGUUUUGAUCGCAUAAAAAAAAUUGGUGUUGUGAUAAAUCACAUCGAUUCCGCGUUCCAUCAAACUAGAAUAGAAUUAUGUGUUCAUAGAAAAAUAGACACAUAUUGUGAAUGAACGAGGAAGUAAUAAUAAAUUGGCGGAUCUUGUUUGUUUAUCUGUGUUCUGCGAUAAAAAGCUAAGAAAAAUAUUCUUAAUUUUGUGCGUUUAAGUGUUUUUGAGGGUGUGUCGAGGCAAGUUUGUUUAUUCUUAAUUAAGUUUUUGAUCGACGACAAAAGAACGAUUGAAUGAACCCUAUUCACUUCGAUUCAUUUGUUCGAAUUUUGUGUGUGAUUUUCGAUUUGUUGUUUUAUAUUCAAUAUGGAAAAUGUUCAAGUGACAAAUGCAACACAAACAACGCCUAGCGAUGAAAUAGUUGCCAAAAAAACCAUUGACAGUGAGUAUAAAGUGCAAGGUGGAGCCGUUGAUAUUGUUGAUCAUUAUGCGAUAAAAUGUGAUCCAAAAUCGAAUGAAUGCUCCGAUUCGACGCAACCAUUGCGUCCACCGCGAAAAUAUAGCGAAAUAUCGUUGGACUCGGUUCCAUCGUCACGAAAAUCUAGCGAAACUCUCGACACAUCACCGAUCAAACCGUCGCGUAAGCUAAGCCAAUGUUCAGCUAAUCGUAAAUUUAGCACCACAUCCGACACUGCCUCAAUUCGGACACCGAAAAAAGUUUCGUUUUCCGAUGAACUGCCACUGGCUGCCAUGCAAAUUGCUGCACUCCAAAUGGAUAUGGACAGUAAAACCAAUGAAUAUUUACACACAAAAUUGAAUGCAAUCAUGGAUGGUAAAUCGCUUGAUAGCAUCGAGCACAGCGAUAGCGAUGAGGAAGAUACGGAAAAAGAGGAUAACGAUGACACCGACAAAGACGAUGAUACCGAUCAAAUGUCAUCGCCAUCAUCAUCGAUUUCCACGCAAACACUCAACGAAUUGACGAAAGCCGACAUGUUUCCAAACAGCCGAAAAGUGUCACUGCACUCGGAGCGCGAGUUUGACAUGAGUGUCGGCGAAUUGAAAUUAAAACCCGGCACCGAAUCGGCCACCACUCAAAUCACAACGGAAAGUGAAAUCGAGUCCACACCAAUGGAUACAUUCCUGGAAAAUGAACGCAAAAUGUCCACCAGCAGCAUAAAAACCGACAGAAAUAAAGCAAACGAAGUGUUUAAAGCCUUAAAGGAGGGCUUCUACAUCGACAACGGUGAAUGUAGUGUUAUGGAACUUGAAGUGAGACGCGAAAAAAUGCGUUGGCUUCUAAUAUCUGAGUGCAGUGCUCGACUGGGUGAAGAAAAACACACACUCGAAGGAUUCAAACGGAUAUUCUUAGAAGAGCCAUUUUUGUUGAACUUUUUCAAAUUAUUCGAUGUAGAGGACUGUGGGCAUUUGCCACAAGAUAAAUGGAUUGAACAUCUCAAGGGACGUUUAACAGACGAAAAAGAGAUUGAUUUUGCUGAACAGUUGGAGUCGGUUGCUUAUGUACUGUGCGGCGAAGGCAGCAUUACAUUUGAAAAAUUCAUUAGCAUAUGGAAUGCUAGAGGCAUUUCCGAAAAACUCUACCGUUUGAUUGACUCGGAAGUGAAUAAUAUCGUUUCAACUAAUCAAAUUAUGGAAUUUUUAUCAAAUCUUACAAAUGCCCGACCUCGAACUGGAUUCGAUAAGAGCUCAUUGGAGCGGCUGGAGCAGCUAUUUCGGAAAACCGUUGGCAAUGAAGAGGAAAUUCGACGUGAAGACUUUAAGAAAAUUGUUAUCUCGAAAAAUCCAUUCUUCACGAAUCGAGUCUUUCAAAUAUUCGACAAAGACAAUUCGGGUUCGAUAUCACUGCAGGAAUUCAUCGAUGCAAUUCAUCAAUUUGCUGGCCAAUCACCAGAAGAUAAGAUAAAGUUCCUGUUCAAGGUGUACGAUAUCGACGGUGAUGGUUUGAUUCAACAUCGUGAGUUGCAGCACGUAAUGCGAGCUUGCAUGGAAGAAAAUGGAAUGCAAUUCUCCGAAGACCAGAUUGAAGAUCUGACGAUGGCAAUGUUUGAAGAUGCCGAUCCAUAUAAUCGUGGUACGAUUACGUACGAAGCACUCAAAGACCAACUGGAAAAACACGGUGGACUGCUGGAGAAUCUUAGCAUCAGCAUUGAUCGUUGGCUGGUUCCACUGCCCAUCGAGCCUACGAAAAAGAUAUCAAUGCAAACUCGUAUGCCGCAUCAACUAACCGCUCCAUAUCUCAAAAACAACUAUGUUUUCUUAUCAUUUCUCACGAUUUUUGUUGCCAUAAAUGUGGGACUGUUUGCAUCACGUGCCUUCCAAUAUCGCGAAAGCAACAUCUAUGUAAUAAUCGCACGUGCCUGCGGUCAAUGCUUGAAUUUUAAUUGCGCCUUUGUGCUGGUGCUGAUGUUACGUCAGUGCAUUACGUUUCUGCGAACACGUGGAUUUAGCACAAUUCUACCAUUGGACAAUCACAUUUAUAUGCAUAAAAUGACCGGAAUUCUCAUAGCUAUCUAUAGUCUGGUGCAUACCAUUAUGCAUCUCAUCAAUUUCUCUAUGGUGGUUUUGAACGAUCCAAAACUGAAUUGUCAUCACUACACCUUGGCCGAGUGGUUGUUAACAACGAAACCGGGCUUAUUUGGUUUGUGCGGCGGUUGUGCAAAUCCCACCGGCAUUGCUCUGUUUUUCGUGCUCAUCAUUAUGUUUCUGUGCUCACAACCGUUCGUUCGACGUGGCGGCAGUUUUGAAAUAUUCUACUGGACACAUUUGCUUUAUGUUCCAUUCUGGGUGUUGCUGGCGUUCCACGGGCCCAACUUUUGGAAAUGGUUCAUCAUUCCGUUGUUCAUUUAUACGGUGGAACGUGCGUUGAAAAUCAUUUGGCUGCGCACGGGUCAUGGGAAGACGUAUAUUUCCUCUGGAAUUCUGUUGCCAUCGAAAGUAACGCAUUUGGUUAUUAAGCGUCCGCCUCAUUUUUACUUCCGACCAGGCGAUUAUGUGUUUGUGAAUAUUCCCGCCAUCGCCAAAUACGAGUGGCAUCCAUUUACAUUGAGCAGUGCACCGGAGCAGGAAGACUACAUGUGGCUACAUAUUCGUGGUGUUGGCGAAUGGACCAAUCGUCUCUAUUGCUAUUUCGAAAAGGAACAAGCUCGUUUGCAUAGCGGUGAGGUGAUGCCAAUCAUGCCAGCCAUGAUGGAGAAAAAGCCAGAAGCAACGCCCAAGAAAGAGAUUUUACCAGCAAAAUCCUAUUCCAGUACACCACAAAAGGAUUUCUUAGCGAAAAACCAAUUAUCAUCACAAAUGCGACAAUCACCGAUGCUGGCCACAGCAAAAACACAUCCAGCCACGAAAGAAGCGACAACGGUUACUACGGAAAAUGAAAUUGAAAAGAAGGAAAAUCCAUUCAAAUUUGAUGCUGCAACCAUUGCGAACAGUGCUGACAAUGCAACCACCGAAAAGACAACGGCUAUGGAAACAAAAGCACCGGGCCAAGAAACGAAAAUCGAAAGACAGUUGUCGGAAACGAGUUCAGCAAUUAGAAAGAUUCAAGCAACACUUCAACGAACAUUCUCACGAAAAGGGACACAACCACAAGAUAUGGCGACACAAGGUUAUUCCAAUGACGGUUUUAUAAGCGAUGAUUUGAAGACAGAUAGUGAAACUAAGACUCCAAUGAGCCGCAAAUUAGGCACUGAACGGCGCGGCACUGAACUAGGUUUCAAGAACAAGACACCAUUGGAGAAAUCACUUUCAAUGCCCGACAUAGAAAAUCGAAUGAGAAAACGUGAUCGCAUAAAGGCUCUUCGUGAAUAUAAUCGCUCGGAAUCGGAAAGAUCGUUUGACGAAACUCAGAUGAAGAAGGCUCGCUUGAAAUCAUUGGGAUUGGCAUAUUUAAGCCCACAGAAUCGGUCAUUGGCCCAAAGUUUCCGAUACAUGCGGAAUAAGCCAACAAUUAUCGCUUUCAAAACACCCAGCCUAGAGAGCUGUGAACAAAAUCAAUCACCAAACUCAAUGAAUUAUUCACAAAAUGAUGCCGAAGAAGGGAAAGUAGUGCGACCUAUGAAUUCAGCUAAAAUUGGUGAAAAUGAUCGGCCAAUGAAUUAUCCGGUUGGUAAACCAUUAGAGACUAAUUAUAAAACUCCCCUCUCAGCAAAAAUGUCGAAUAAGCAACUGCCAAAAUUACAUAUUUAUAUUGAUGGACCGUAUGGUGCUCCAUCGAGUCACAUAUUCCGUGCUCAGCAUGCCGUUUUGAUUGCGACUGGAAUCGGUGUAACACCAUUCGCAUCGAUCUUGCAAUCGAUUAUGCAUCGAUAUUGGAAGGCUCGUCACACUUGCCCCCGAUGCAACUUUGAAUGGUCUAGCGAAAUACCACAAAGUAUUAUGAAUUUGCGCAAGGUCGACUUUUUCUGGAUCAAUCGCGAUCAACGUUCGUUUGAAUGGUUCGUCAAUCUACUGUCACAAUUGGAGAUCGAACAAGCUGAAUUGGGCGGCGCCAUGGAGAGAUUUUUGGAUAUGCACAUGUAUAUCACAAGUGCCCUGCAGAAAACUGAUAUGAAAGCCGUUGGCCUACAACUUGCACUCGAUCUCCUUCAUGAGAGAGAAAAACGUGAUUUAAUUACCGGAUUGAAAACGCGCACAAAUGCUGGUCGCCCGAACUGGGACAAAGUGUUCAAGCAAAUCCAAGUGCAGAAAAAAGGCAAAGUGACCGUUUUCUACUGUGGGCCACCUCAGCUAUCUAAAACACUUAGUGUUAAAUGUGAUCAAUAUGGAUUUGCCUUCCGAAAGGAGAUUUUCUAACGAAUUGUUCACCAUCAAAAUGUUGGAAGCAUCCAACAUAUGUUCAUCAAAUUCGAUUUUGAUAGCCAAGCAAUUAGGUUACCAUAGACAAAUUAUUUAAAUAAUUUUCAACAAAAAAAUUAAGAGAAAACCAACAAGACGAAAUCAAAUGUUAUCCAUUGCCCUAUUUUUACCUAUUUCUUUUCUGGUAGUUCUAGUUAUUUAUUUAAAAUAUUAAUUUUCAAAGUGUUUGCAAAGUUACCAAGUCAUGUUAGUCCAAGACGACGAAAAAUUCAUAUUCUGUUUAGAUUUAAGAAGAAAAUUUCAUGUUAUUUUUUUUUAAUUCUAUUUCAUAAUUUUUUCCUGCUACACAUUGCAAGUAAACUAAUCGCUUAAUUUUGAAAGUUACCAAGAGACCAGCCGAAUAUAUUCGAGAACGAGAUAAUUUAUGAUCUACCUCUUCGCUGGUUGAACAGCCAAACAAUUUACUGCCAAAAUCAUUCCAUUCGAAAAACAACAAGUUACCUAAAUUAUUUGCCCAAAUUUUUUCUAUUAAAUUCUCUCCAAUUUUUUUUUUUACUCUAACGAAUUUUAUGGAAACAUCAACCCGAACUAAAUUUUCCAAAAUAAAAACGAAAUCAAAGUAUUGCAAUAUAAUUUUUUUCGACAUACUAAAAUCAGCAUAUUUGCUUUUCCAUAUGAAUUGAUUUUUUUCAUUCAUAAAAAUAAUAAAAUUUCGACAUUUUCAUAUAACAUAUUAAUGCUUAAUUUGGUGCUAGGGCCGUACAUCAACACAUUUUUAUUAUUGUGGAUGAUUUUAUGUCGAAAUUAAAGUGUUUGCAACCACAUCUAUGUAUAUACAUAUGUAUUUUUUUUUAAAUUAGUACUCUAAAUGUCAAUCCAAUGUUUUUUUUUUUGUAAUUUAUGAAUAAAAUGUUUUAUUGAACAUC